GCGGGGCCUGGUGACGCCACAGAGGCGUCGAACGGCAGGGAGGUGACUGUCGGUGGGGCAGGGAAGAAGGGCUGAGCGGAGGCGGCUGCGGUUUGGCUCGCUGCUGGGGCGCUCUCCGGGCUCGAGGGGAGGAGGCCCGGCCGCCAUGGCGGCCUGUAACACCUGCGCCGCGGCCGCGCGGCUCCUCGGCUCCUCGCUGCCUUCGGCGCGCAGAGGAAUUACAUGUGGCCGUUCUCGUCUCCCUGUUUUGGGUUUAAUUGGAACUUUUGAAACUCGGUCUCUAAGAAAUGUUCCAUUUAGAACUUUUUCAGAAACGCCAGCCUACUUUGCUUCAAAAGAUGGUGCAGGCAAAGAAGGUUCUGGAGACAGCAGUAAGAAAACGGUUGGUGAAGGCAGCGGUAAAAAGUCCAGUUCUGGAAGCUCCGGCAAAGGUGGAAACCAGCUGCGUUGCCCGAAAUGUGGUGACCUAUGCACACACGUGGAGACCUUUGUGUCUUCUACCCGCUUUGUGAAAUGUGAGAAGUGCCACCACUUCUUUGUGGUACUGUCAGAAGCAGACUCCAAGAAGAGCAUCGUCAAAGAGCCAGAGUCGGCAGCCGAAGCUGUGAAGCUGGCCUUCCAGCAGAAGCCCCCACCUCCACCCAAAAAAAUCUAUAACUACCUCGACAAGUAUGUAGUUGGCCAGUGUUUUGCCAAGAAGGUGCUUUCCGUUGCUGUGUAUAACCAUUACAAGAGAAUCUAUAACAACAUCCCAGCUAACCUAAGACAGCAGGCCGAGGUUGAAAAGCAGACGUCCUUAACACCAAGAGAAUUAGAGAUCAGAAGACGGGAGGAUGAGUACAGAUUUACAAAACUUCUCCAGAUUGCCGGCAUAAGUCCCCAUGGCAACGCUUUAGGAGCGUCCAUGCAGCAGCAGGUGAACCAGCAACUGCCUCAGGAGAAACGGGGAGGCGAAGUGCUAGAUUCAACCCAUGAUGACAUCAAGCUGGAAAAAAGUAAUAUUUUGCUGCUUGGACCAACUGGAUCAGGUAAGACCCUGCUGGCUCAGACGCUUGCCAAAUGCCUUGACGUUCCUUUUGCAAUCUGCGACUGCACCACGUUGACUCAAGCAGGCUACGUAGGCGAAGAUAUUGAGUCUGUCGUUGCAAAACUGCUCCAGGACGCAAACUACAACGUAGAAAAAGCUCAGCAAGGAAUUGUUUUCCUGGAUGAAGUGGACAAGAUUGGCAGCGUGCCAGGCAUUCAUCAGUUACGGGACGUGGGCGGAGAAGGAGUUCAGCAAGGCUUGUUGAAGUUACUGGAAGGUACAAUAGUGAAUGUUCCAGAAAAGAAUUCCCGUAAGUUACGUGGCGAGACGGUGCAGGUUGAUACAACCAACAUCCUGUUUGUGGCUUCUGGUGCCUUUAAUGGUCUCGAUAGAAUCAUCAGCAGAAGGAAAAAUGAAAAGUAUCUUGGCUUCGGAACCCCAUCAAACCUGGGGAAAGGCAGGCGAGCAGCUGCAGCCGCGGACCUGGCCAACUUGGGUGGAGAGUCCAGCACACAGCAAGAUAUGGAAGAGAAAGACCGUUUGCUCCGACACGUGGAAGCUAGGGAUCUCAUUGAAUUUGGCAUGAUCCCUGAGUUUGUGGGACGCUUGCCAGUCGUGGUUCCCCUGCACAGCCUGGAUGAGAAGACCCUCGUGCGAAUUCUUACUGAGCCCCGGAAUGCUGUGAUUCCCCAAUACCAGGCCCUCUUCAGCAUGGACAAGUGUGAACUGAAUGUUACCCAGGAUGCCCUAAGGGCUAUCGCCAGGUUGGCUUUGGACCGCAAGACUGGGGCGAGAGGUCUUAGGUCUAUAAUGGAAAAGUUGCUGCUAGAACCAAUGUUUGAAGUACCCAACUCUGACAUUGUGUGCGUCGAGGUUGACAAAGAUGUUGUGGAAGGGAAGAAGGACCCCGGAUACAUCAGGGCUGCAGCUAAAGAACCUUCCGAAGAAGAGUACGAUUCGGGAGUUGAAGAAGAAAGUUGGGCUCGCCAAGCAGAUGCCGCAAACAAUUAAAUACAGUCAGAUUAAUGACCCCACAGGAAAUGCACUUAAUUUUUUUUUGAGACCACUCUUUCCCUCCCCUCCCCUCCCCUCCAGCUGUGCAGCCUCCUGAUAACAUUGGAUCUCUCCUUAAAAUGAUACAUGGUCAGAAAAAAACUUUUGACAACGCUAAUGGGAAUUAGAUCAUGUAUUACUUGUAACAUCACAUUGAUUUAUUCAGUGGACACUCGGGCUUCAAAGGUGUGAUGUUUAGAAAUGAGUUGCAUAUGACUUUUUCUGUAUUUAAAUGCAAGAUUUUUUUUCUUCUUAGGGCUGAGCCAAAGGUGGGAGCAUGCCACAUGAAUGUUUUCUCCCCCUUGCAAAGUGCAUCCUUCCCCGCCCCUUCUGACAGUCUUUCCAGGGAGGAAUGACAGUCUUUCCAGGGAGGAAUGACUUUGGGACAAUUUCAUGCAUAAGAGACUGUUGCAAAAAAAGUAACUCCCCCUCCGGCAUGAAGCCAGGUGGUCUACAUCAUCCCUUCCUUAGCACCUGGCAUUCCAGCCGUGGCGCCAGCACUCUUGUUGGGUUGGUUUCAACUUCAGCACUUUUUCUUUCCGAAUAAUCCUUCCAAGUUAGUGACUUCUGCACACAGUCCGACUGUUAUGCUGCGCGACAGCAUCAAUGAAGUCGGCCAAACUAGUUGAGAGGCAGGGCAGACUUGGACAGAUUGUGUUGUGUCUGUUUAUAGGAAGCAAGAGAGGUAUUUCACAAACGCAUCAUGCUUCCUAGGCUGCAGACAACAGGGAGUCGGCGUGGGGAAAGGUGUAAACCUUUGUAAGGGUCUUUCAGCAAGACUUGGGCCCCUUGAAUAGUGCCUUUUGCAUGUUGAAAACAUUUGCUGGCAAACUUUUGGCUCUGCUAUAGUUUUGUUUGUUUUUCUUCAAUUCCAGAAAGCAAUGCUGGUAUUCCCAACAGUCACGGAAUUUUAGGGUAAUGAUAAAAAAUGUGGGUGGGUGGGGCUAACUCGGGUAUUCAAAAAGGAUAAACUAUUCUGACUGUGUCUUGCUCCUUACGUUUGAAGUUCACUGAGCAUGGAAGUCAAGUGUUAAACAUCUCCUGAUGUAUAUGCUAUGGGUGCUGGAGGUACUUGUUACAUUUAUUCAGAAAACAUCCCUUAAAAACUGGAUUUCAAAGGCUUAGAAAAAGGGCUUGCACAAUCUGGUCGACACCCUCUAGAGUAGUUGGGACUGCUCUAGAGCAAGUGAGUUGUGGUCUGUAGCCAAAUUUCAGAGCUGCUUCCGCCACUUUACUAAUGUAACGCAAAGCGUUUAAAUAAUUGGAUAAAAUACCAAAGGUUCCAUUAAUAUUUACUGACCUUAAAAAAAAUAUAAAGUUGCUUUUGGAAAAAAAUGGAAAUUGUGAGAACCGGUGAACCAGGAACUGGCAACACCUUUUUUGAGGGAAUAAAGGUUUACAGGAAGGACUAGACCAUAGAAUAUUUAAAAUUCUAUACCAAUAUUUUAAUAUAGUACAUUUUAUCGAACGUACUGGAAUCAUCAUGCAUCAGUUUUUUGGUGCCAGAUAUUUUUUGCCCGACCGACCUUCUUAUAACAUUAAGAUACACAAGAAAGUAACGUCUAAUUGUAUAAUAUUUUUCAUGUAAUCAGUAGUGACUGUUUGCACAAAAUUCUUAUUUAAGUUAUACGCUUCAGUGCUGGUCUUGCAUCUCGUUAAUUUUAAACUUAAGCCAAUAUCACUUUGUUUUACAGUUAACUCUAUCCUUUAGUAGAGUAUUUGUAAAAAAAAAAAGAAAAAAAAGUAAAAGGACUUGUAAGUUUUUUGAUUCACUUCUGAAAUUAAAAUCUAUACCUAACAGG